AUGAGGAAAGAUACCAUGUCUUCAUUCAGAACCAAGACAUUGAAUCUAAAGACUUUUGCCAUUGCUCAGCAGAGCAACAGCAGAAAGCUUGUACUUGUUUAUGAGCCUCUUUUCUUCCAACUUUUUUUUUUCUUCCAAAGGUGUUCAAGCAACAUAAAAGCAGAAAAUCUAACACAGAUCUCUGAAUUUCAUCUCCUGGGCUUCUCAGAGGACCCAGACAUGCAGCCUGUCCUCUUUGGACUGUUCCUGUUUAUGUACCUGCUCACAGUGCUUGGGAACCUGCUCAUCAUCCUGGUUGUCAGCUCUGACUCCCACCUCCACACCCCCAUGUACUUCUUCCUCUCCAACCUGUCCUUGGCUGACAUCUGUUCAGUCUCCACCACAAUACCAAAAAUGAUUGUGGACAUCGUAACUCACAGCAGGGUCAUCUCCUAUGUGGGCUGCCUCACACAGAUGUCUCUGUUUAUUAUAUUUAUAUGUAUGGAUGAUAUGCUUCUGACUGUGAUGGCCUAUGACCGGUUUGUGGCCAUCUGUCACCCCCUGCAGUAUCCAGUCAUUAUGAAUACUCGACACUGUGGCGUCUUAGUUCUGCUGUCUUUUUUGUUUAGUCUCUUGGACUCUCAGCUCCACAAUUUGACUGUUUUACAAUUUACCUACCUCAAGGAUGUGCUCAUUUCCAAUUUCUUCUGUAACCCUGCUCAACUCCUUAAUCUUGACUCUUCUGAAAACUUUUUCAGCAACAUUUUAAAGUAUAUUAUUGCUGUGUUAUUUGGACUUUUUCCCAUCUCAGGGAUAUUUUUAUCUUACUAUAAAAUUAUUUAUUCCAUUCUGAGAAUCCCAUCACCAGGAGGGAAGUUUAAAGCCUUCUCCACCUGUGGAACUCAUCUCUCAGUUGUUGGCUUAUUUUAUGGAACAAGCAUUGGUGUGUACUUUGGUUCAUCUGUAUCACAAUCUCCCACAUCUUGUUUGGUGGCCUCUGUCAUUUACACCUUGGUCACCCCAAUGCUAAAUCCAUUCAUCUACAGCCUGAAGAACAGGGACAUCAAAAUUAGCUUGAGCAGACUCCACUGUAGAAAAUUGUAA